GAGACGAGCUGGAUUGUAUUUGGAAACAAGGAGUUUUCCCGUGUUGCAGACUAACAAUGGACACUCAGAAGGACGUUCAACCUCCAAAGCAGCAACCAAUGAUAUACAUCUGUGGAGAAUGUCACACAGAAAAUGAAAUAAAAUCUAGGGAUCCAAUCAGAUGCAGAGAAUGUGGAUACAGAAUAAUGUACAAGAAAAGGACUAAAAGAUUGGUCGUUUUUGAUGCUCGAUGAAACCUGGGAAUUCAGA